AUGGACCUGAUCGCGCUAGCGACCGAGGACGAAGAACUGCGCGUUUUCCGACUAAACGGACAACGGGUGUUCGGGGGCUCAUUCGGUGGUGAUCCGUAUCUGGGGGAGGAUGAGGAGGACGGAGAAGUGAGAGCGGUAGCGUGGAAGGGGAAUGGUCGCUUGCUCGCUGUCGCGUGUGGGGAUGGAUCCCUGCGUAUUAUCAGCGCGUAUAGCGGGAAGACAGUGCACCAUUACAGCGUGUACAAGAACGCAGACGAGGAAGGCUCGGAUCCAGAUGCGAAGCCCGUCUCGAAGGUCACAUGUCUAGGCUGGGGAGUUAAUUUUACGGAUAGCAAAGCUGCGCAGAAACAUUUGCUUGACUCGGCGGGUCAGGUUGGUGUGGAAGAUUUGCUGGCGCCGGGUGUUCAUCCCUCCAAGGCGGCUGCUAUGCUUAAAGCUGAUUUACCACGAGAACUCGCACUACUGGAUAUUGAAAGCUCUCUACCGAAGUUGAGUACGUUGCCUGCGACUGGAGCUGAGGAUGAUUUGUUUAGCUCGAGGGCAUCGAUUGAUGCCAUGUUUCACUCGGCGGCGAAGGAUGCUAGUGACUCGGUUGACGUGUUGUUUAUCGGAUUCGACGAUGGAAAUGUCCAUCUGAGAAUUUUCGACUGUUUUGAGAUUGGCUCGUUUCCUGUUGGUGACACGGUGGGUGUGGCUGAGUCGCGGAGGAUUCUUCGCCAUGCGUCGCAUCCCUUGAGCUCGACUCAUGCCUUGUUGGCGUCCGGAUCGGAGGGUGCACCUCUUGAUCUUGUUACUUUAGAUCUCCGAUUCAUUACCAAAUCCGGUCGGUAUUUGUCUCUGCUCGCAUCGAAGACGACUCAGCUUCACAAUCUUCUUCGCUAUAUUGGUUCUGUGCAGCGGCAGAUUGAGCUGGAGUGGAAGAAUGCACAAGAGCUUCCGGCGCGAUUCUUACGCAGUGUCAAUGAAGACCUGCAAGAGAAGUGCCAAUGCGAUUUCGUCACUGCGAUCUAUCAUCUUGUGGUUACUGGGCAUUGCUUUGAGCCGAUGAAGGAAUUUUUGGUGGAAAUUGUUGGAGAGCGAGGGCACAAGAGAUGGGAAAAGGCUGUUUCGGGUGGAUACGAGAGUAUCCGUCGACUAACCCACGAAUGCCUUCUUCCCGCAUUAGAUCGGAGUCAAGUUCUCCUAAGUCGCCUUAUGGGACUAUCGAAGUUCCCCAAGCUCAGCGAUGUACUCGGUCUGGAUACUCCCAAGCUCCACGCAAUCGUUGAGACCUUGGAUUGUCUGCAUCUCCUAGCGCAUUGUAUUCUCAACAACGCCAACGCAGAGCUGGAUCAAUUCAACGCAUUCUCGCGAUGGCUCCGACACGAGAUUCUCAUUUUGAACGCCGAGCCCUUAUCCCAGACAUCAGAAGAGCUCCUUGAGAAAAGAGACUUAUUUGAUGUUCCACCCACAGUGAAAUACAUCACAGGCGCGCUCCGCAAGAGCGUCCUUAGAAACUUCAUUCGUCAACUCCCAAUGAUUGGCGUUCCUCAAUUACCUACUCCUUCCACCGACAAGUGGCUUCCUGGCGACCACGAUCGGUCGUUUUAUGAUACCUUCAAAUCCGUCCUUGCACAACAGCGCCAAGUUCAGGCCGAGGGUGGCGAUAGCUCGACCGUUGAUGCUCCGAAACUGAACGAUCUGACAAAACGACUGGGUAUUCAAUUCGAGAAGGUCUUUGCAGAGAUCGCAUUAACCCAGCGGAGAGGCAUUCUACACCGUUCACCCCUCACCCUCCACGCAGAUUGUGAUCAAAGCAUUUUAGAUGUGAAGAUCUGCCACGAGGAGGGUGAGGAGGGACGGCCCUGUUCAAUCUACCUUACGGCCCGGUCUAUGACAUCCAAGUCUCUAGUGUACCUCUACCGCGUUAUCCUAGAUUCAAGCAACGGCGUCAGUUACACCCGAAGCACCUCCAUCGCCGCCCUCGACCUCCAAGAAGGCGAAAUAAAACAACUCCAAUUUGUCGCCGACGACACCCUAAUGAUUCUUUGGGCUACCAAUCAAGGCCCCUCCUACCUCAUCAACCUCCCCUUUCAACCUCUUUCUGCACAGUCCUCAUCUACAAAGCCUGACCAACCUUCAAGUGUGCUUGAAUAUGUCGAUUGUGAUCCACAUCCCUCUGACACGAAGCCUAGUGUAUCGGCUACAUUGCUCGAUGUAUCUGCAUUAUCUGAGGCUGAGAUGAGAAGGGCAGUGUGUGUCUUGUAUGGGGAUGCUAUGCGGUAUGAUGUUUUGGAUUUGGAUGCUGCUAUGGAGGAUGAGGAAGAAGAAGAUUUGGAGGAGAGCGAGAGCGAGGAAGAGGAAUGA